AUGGCAUCACAACACAUCGUCGGCGACUCCUCGCCGUUCCUCAAGCGCGUGCUGAUCCCCUUCUGGGUCGUCCGCAUAAUCGUGAUGCUCAUCUACGCCGCCGCAUAUGUGGCAGCUCUCGCCGCCAUUGGCGCCUUUAGCGACGAGGUCAACGACGCGCUCGAAGACGAGGGCUAUGAGAGGACGAGCUUCGGUGCUGUCAUCGGGGUCAUGGUCGUGGUGCUGGUGAUCGUAGUGGUCUGCCUGAUCCUCGACAUCGUCUGCAUCAUCAAGCGCUCCCGGAGGACCCUCACACCACGCUUCUUCCUCAUCACCAACGUCAUCCAGACGGCCGUCUGGGUCGUGCUGAUGGGCCUGUCUCUGGCUGGGGCGGCCGCCUCGGCGGCGACAUCAUCAUCCCACUCAUCGUCCUGUGACGCCUCCUUUGUCGGCCUUCUCAUCUACGCCAGCGUCAUCUUCCACAAGUCGCGCAAGGGGACGCUGAGGACCAACUACGCCCCCGCGGGAACCGGCAUGGAGCCCCUGAGCCACAACACGGCCUACCCGAGCUAUACCCAGCACGACGCCCCUCCGUACUCGGCCGAGCAGCCAAAGCCCUCGUAUGACCACUACCGCGGGGCAUGA